UCGGAAGCUACAUGCAAACACCACAGCUAACACGGUAUGUGGCUCACAUAAACACCAUAGCAAACAUGUGUAUCCUAGCUAGGCACACAUGUUCUACAUUCAUACGUACUACGCUCGCCCUAUAAAUUGGCCGAGGGCCUGCGCUCACCUCGAUGCAUAUCACUCACACAAGCAGCCAUACAACAAAAUCAUACACAUAGGCAUCAUUAGUAGCUUUGCUUGGUUUCUGAUUAGGUUGUUUAGUUAGUUCGAGUAGUUGCACUCUCUACCAGGAGCAAUAAUGGUUGCUGCACCUGCGCGCAUCAUCUUCUCCUUCUCCUCUGUGGAGCCUCUUCUCAUUGCAGCUUCGCCGGCAGCAGCUAGAAACAGCCGGCAAGGCCGCCACCGUGGCCAAUUCAUCCGCCCUUUGGCGGCAUCCAACACUCUGCUGGGCAAUGAUUUUGAUCUCCAGGAGGGCCUGACGGACGUCCAAAAGAUUCUUCAUCAACGUCAAAAGAGCAACCGGGAGAUGAUGGUCACCAUCGAUAACCUCAAGCGCCUCUGCGUCGACCACUACUUCGAAGAAGAGAUCGAGAGCGCCAUGAGUGCUUGCAUGAAUCUCGUCCACAGCAAUGAUCUCUUCGAUGCAACCCUUGCAUUCAGGCUCCUGAGAGAGGCAGGCUAUGAUGUUUCAGCAAAAGAUGAUGUUUUAUGGAGGUUCACUGACAACAGCGGCGAAUUCAAGCUUCCUCUUAGCAAGGACAUCCGAGGGCUCCUAAGCCUGCAUGACAUGUCUCACAUGAACAUUGGAGGAGAGGCAUUGCUCGACAAGGCAAAAGAGUUCUCAAGCAAGCACCUUGCAUCUGCCAUUAGGUACCUGGAGCCAAGCCUUGCAGAGUAUGUGAGGCAGUCCCUGGACCACCCUUACCACCUGAGCGUGAUGCCGUACAAAGCUAGGCAUCACCUCACCUACCUGCAGAGCCUGCCCACCAGAGACACGGCGGUGGAGAAACUAGCAAUUGCAGAGUUUCAGCUCAACAAAUUGCUGCAUCAGAAAGAAAUGCAAGAGAUUAAAAGAUGGUGGAUGGACCUAGGAUUGGCUCAAGAAAUACCUGUGGUGCGGGACCAGGUGCUGAAAUGGUACAUGUGGUCCAUGACAGCCCUCCAAGGAUAUUCUUUCUCCAGAUAUCGGGUUGAGAUGACAAAGAUAAUCUCGCUUGUCUAUGUUGUGGACGACAUAUUUGACCUUGUUGGCACACUAGAGGAGCUCUCUCUCUUCACUGAAGCUGUCAAAAUGUGGAAUACUGCGGCUGCUGAUUCACUCCCUAGUUACAUGAGAUCAUGCUACAAGGCUCUUUACACCAUUACAAAUGAGAUUGCAGAUAUGGCUGAAAAGGAGCAUGGAUUGAACCCAGCUAAUAAUCUUAGAAAAGCAUGGACGGUGUUGUUUGAUGGAUUUAUGGUUGAGGCAAAAUGGCUAGCAAACCAUCAGGUUCCUACUGCAGAGGAUUACCUGAGAAAUGGUGUUGUCACGUCAGGAGUGCCGCUUACAUUUGUACACAUAUUCAUUAUGCUAGGGUGUGAUCAAAAUAGUGAAGCACUCAUUGACCACAUGCCCUCUGUCAUCUCUUGCCCAGCCAAGAUUCUCCGACUUUGGGAUGACAUGGGCAGUGCAGAGGAUGAAUCUCAGGAAGGAUUCGAUGGAUCGUAUAAAAAUUUCUACCUCAUGGAGAACCCUAGAUGCAGCCCUACUGAUGCGGAAGCACAUAUGCGUAGCUUGAUCGCAAGGGAGUGGGAGGAGCUCAAUAGGGAGUGUUUAUGCACGAGGACCUUCUCCUCUAACUUCACACAGGUCUGCUUGAACAUCGCGAGAAUGGUCAGUGUCAUGUACUCGUACAACAAGGAACAAAGGCUUCUUGUCCUUGAGGACUAUGCAAGAAUGUUGAUACUUUGAAGCUUUGCUCCAUGCAAGUCCAUGUGCCAUGCCUAAUUUAUCUCACUCCUUGUUAGUUGAGACCAAUAUAGAAAUCAGAGCAUGUAAGUUAGAUAGAUGGAUUAAAAUAUUUGGGCAAAGAAGGAUGAUAUAUCCAUCUUCUUGAAAAAUGUAUUGUUGAAAUAUGCAAUGGAAGUAACAGUUUUGUAAGAGCCACCACAAAUAUGAGGCAUGUCAACAAGGUUACCAAUGGCAUUUUAGAGCUACCAUGGGUACUAUAUACAGAGGAAGGGGUGAGUGCUAGUAUAGACACUAAAGGAAGAUGUGUAUGGUCUUGUGCAAUACUAUUGUGCUGUAAUAAAGUUAUGUUCUUGUAAGUGUUAGUCAAUUGAUUAAGUUGUAUAAUUUGGAA